GCAUUGUCUUCAUUUUGGGUUGCUCACAGACAGAACAGACCCAACCUCAUCAUGUCAUAUCGUCUGGUCCCACCAACAGCUUCAAGCUCAAACGAUCACCAUGUGGUCUCUACUCAGGCCACUGCGCAUCCAGAGCUAGGUCUACACGAUGCCAUGCGACAUGGACCUUCUUCCGCAGCUCAAAGUGUAGCUCCUGAUAAUAUCAGUCCGCUUCAAGCGAGGUUAGAAAAGUGGUCAAGCACUCAACAUGACAUGCAACAGACAAUGCACAGAAACACAUUCGGACUCGCUUUACCCUUGAGGACAGCUAUGGAAAUGAGGAUCGUCACUCAGUCCCCGCAUCACCCCUCCAUGAUCGCCGCUACGCCUUCUUCUCUACCUCUCGGUGGCGGUCCCAAUCUCGCUGCGGAGAUCCUCGCAGGGACGGACGAGACCCUUGACGUGGCGGACUUCAUGGUUGGAAAUCGAUUGUUGAACGUGCCGAUGGAUGAGAGGGCAGUCAUGGAGCGAUCCAGAGGAAUGUAGCGAGCAGGUCUCGAGAAACGCCUUUCGCAUUAAACAGCCAUGAACCAGCCCAUGACGCUCAAAAGCAGGGCAGCAUGAUCGCAUUGAGCGCAAUACACCCCAUGUACAUGAGAA